UGUAUGUCGAUAUGUUGAAAUUAAUAUCAUUAACCACUUUAACGUGCUACGUGGCUCAGAUCAGCGCGAACGACAUGUUGGGUCCGGGAAUAUGGUCGCUGAUAAGCAUAAGCAAAUGUCCCAUGAAAAUUAAAGAUGAAGUAUUGAUCGUUGACAUGGACAAACAUAAACUGAACCGCACGCACGACGGUAUCUCCGCCGACGUCGUAGCGACUGAUACCAUUGAUGAUAAAUACGCGGCUUUAAUAGAAGUUUGUAAGUACGUGGAUGGAGGAUGCAAGCCUUAUCAGAUACUUUCUGACAACAGUGUCGUGAACAUGUUAAAUAAAUACGCCGAAGAAAAUGUGUUCAAUGCGCUCACAUUAGCCAAACUUGAUCCGCCGGAAUUCCCGGUCGACAAGGGAGAAUAUCACGUGGACGACUACGUGAUGGACUACUGCAAGCUGCCCCGCGAGGCCAUCUACGGCGAGUUCGAGGCCCUAUCCUACCUGAUACUCAACAACGAGAAGGUCGCCUGCAUCAAAUGCGUGCUAGAAUUCAACAAAUUCGAGGACGAGAACUACUGCGACGAAUGAAAUCGACACAAAAUGUACAAGCUGUCGUGGUAGCAAUAAAGAUAAGCCAGCCCG